UAGACGAUCUGGCAAUCCUCUGCCUUUCGCUUGGACCAAUUCCCCCAACACAAUACUCCCACUCUUCAUACCAGGCUAUAAUUUCAGUACUGACACAAUGGCUCAAGUUUGGCUAUUAAUUUCAGUACUAACACCCACAAUCCUCCACCUCUUCAUACCAGGAGUACUCGCAUCAGCAACAUUCACAUUCGUAAACAAAUGCGACUACACAGUCUGGCCAGGCAUUCUAUCAAACGCCGGAAUCGCACCUCUCUCCACCACCGGUUUUUCUCUCCAAACCGGCGAGUCAAAGACCAUAAACCCACCCUCCUCUUGGGGCGGCCAGUUAUGGGGUCGAACCCGCUGCACCGAAGACUCCACCGGCAAGUUCACCUGCGUCACAGGCGAUUGCGGCUCUGGCAAACUAGAAUGCUCAGGCGGCCACCCAGCCCCACCCGCCACGCUGGCAGAAUUCACUCUCGACGGGUCGGGCGGGUUGGACGUCUAUGGCGUCAGCUUAGUCGAUGGGCACAACCUUCCGAUGCUGGUUGUGCCUCAGGGUGGGACCGGAGUGAAUUGUACAACCACGGGAUGCGAGGUGGACUUGAACGGCGCGUGUCCGACUGCUUAUAGCUAUGCUCAUGAUAACAAGACCAGCACGUUCACAUGUGCAGGUGCCGCCGUCUAUCUCAUCACCUAUUGCGCAUCACCAAACACUAGCCAAAAAUCAUCAUCAGGACAAAACCCGGUAGCAUCAUCGAACGCACCAGAAAUCAACAACACCAUGGUUUACGAAGGUGCAUCGGAUACUAGCAGUGCAUCGUCGCUAUACCCGUGGUCCCAUAUGUUUUGUUCUCAAUCCAUUGCCAGUGUUGUCACCAUCAUGCAUUUCUCUAUCAGAUAUUAUGGCUGAUGAAAGUAGUACUCCAAAUCCGAUCGUUACAACAACUUCGAUCCCUAUCCAGAACCAUGUUCAAGUUUCGAUAAAUCAUGGAGAAAAACAGGAAAAAUUUAAUGGCACUGAGUUUAAGAGAUGGCAGCAGAAAAUGAUGUUCUAUCUUACAACUCAAAAUUUGGUCCAGUUUCUCCGUGAAGAGGCUCCAAUACUUAGAGAUGAUGAAAGUGAUCGACAAGUUGUUGCCGCUGUAGACGCUUGGAAAUAUUCUGAUUUUUUAUGCAUAAACUAUAUCCUUAAUGGUCUUGACAACAUGUUGUAUAAAGUUUACAGCCCUCUGAAAACAGCA